AUGCGUAAAGGCAACACACCGACUUCUAGCACUUCGCCCACUGAACUAGCAACUUCCGUGGCAUCCAUUAUCCCAAUUCAUAAUGCCGUCAACGAGCGUGCCUGGCAACAGAUCCUAGAAUGGGAGAAGCAAGCACCUCGCUCUGAUCCUGGCAGCAAGAAAUGUGGAGGCCCGAAGCUAUAUUCAUUCCGCGGACUGGGCGUUGACCCCCAGUUCCUCAGUCCUCGUGCUCGUAUCAACAACCUAAUGGGCUACCAACUACCGUUCGAUCGCCAUGACUGGGUUGUAGAGAGAUGCGGUGGUGAGAGGGUCGAGUACGUCAUUGAUUUCUAUCAAGGAAAGACGGCUGGAGCCAACGGUGGACCGGCCGGCUUGGCUGCUAAUGCCGGACCCGGCAAAUUGAGCUUCUACUUGGACGUACGGCCGAAGUUGAACACUUUUGAAGGCUGCAGGAUGAGAUUCAGCCGCUUCACAGGCUUGUAA